GAAAAGAGAUGACAAAAGUUUACCCAAAGCUCCCAAACACUUGCCAAGACAGCUUGUGCGAUGGUAAAGCAGCCGCGGUUUUGACGGUGUGGAAGAAGUCCCUUCUCUUUAACUGUGAUGGAUUCACAGUUUACAACUCUAAUGGAGAUCUUGUCUUUAGAGUUGACAACUACAUGAACUCUUCUAAAGACAACAUUGUCCUUAUGGACGCUUCCGGCUUACCCCUCCUCUCCAUCCGCCGCAAGAAACCGAGCCUGGGAGAUUGCUGGAUGGUAUACGAUGGAGAAACACAAAGAGAUCCAAUAUUUACAGCGAGAAAAAACGUUAGUAUAAUGACAAACAAGAGGAGCUUGGCGUGGGUCAGUUCCAAGAAAACGGUCUUAUAUGAGAUAGAAGGAUCAUUCGGCCAGAGAAGCUGCAAAAUACUGGACGAGAGGAGGAACAAGAAGAAGACAGCUGAGAUCAAGAAGAAAGACGCAAUGGUCGGAGGAGUUGCCUUUGGAAAAGAUGUAUUUAAACUUAUAGUUGAAUCGGAGAUGGAGCCUCGUGUGGCCAUGGCAUUUACCAUCAUUCUCGACCAAAUGUUUAGAUCUUAUUGAAUUUUCUUUCUUUUUUUUAAAGCUUCGUAAGUAUGAUAUUAGUUCUUUUCUGUUGUUACGUAAUUUAUGCAUGUGUUCAUCUUAUAUGUUACACAAAAACAGAGCCAAGUUUUGGUGUGAGUUUUUUCUCUUCGUCUUGAUAGUACAUAAAUUCAGUCAAUUAUAGAUGUAAUUUUUGUGGGACAGUUCAGCAAAAG